GAAAAGCUGCACUUCAUCAUUGGAGAAUGAGAUGAAAGACGGGCCAAGCAGUGCUCUAAUCAUAUGAUUUGAUCGUAUCGAACGGUCUGGUCUUUAGAUUGUUUGUGUGGAAAGCGAAAUUCCAGAAAUCUCGUCGAAAGGUAGGUAAGGCUUGCGUGGAUGGAUAUUUGCCGCAAGGGGUUGCCGGUGAUCUGAAGUAGGGUUGACUACAAGGAAGUAUAGUAUGAGGAGAUUUGAAUGGUACUCAUCUCUUUGAGUGAGUGGGCAAAGCUUCUUUGCCAUUUUCUUGAUCGCUUUAAAGACUUCGGAACUCUUCAAUUUGUCGUUCACUUGCUUUGCUCACUCACUCUGGAAGUUAUUUUUCCUGCCAUUCUUUUGAUCGAACUUUGACAGUUUAGACUCGCUCACUUACCAUACACGUUCAUUUAUUUUCAUUCUCUAUCUCUCUCUCUCUCCACUCAUUCAGGCCAUCAAAUCUACCAUCAAAUUACAAGAUGAUCGCUCAAAUUCGUAACACUGCAGCUCUGGUAGCUCUCACUUCCGCCGCCAGCGUUCUGGCUCGUCCUCAUUUCAGUACCCGAGCCACUCAAGCAUCAACCGAUCUUUGCGGCGAUUAUGAUUAUCUCAUUUUAAACAACUCGCCUUGGAUUGUGUAUAACAUGUUGUAUAAUGCAAAACAGAUCGUGGGAAGUCAGUGCACUUAUUAUGACAGUAUGAUUACAGGGAGUGAUGGGACUGCUGAGGUGAAGUGGAACAGUGAGACAGAUAUUACCUAUGUUGAAAGCACAAACAAUGUUCCCAAAGGAUAUUCUUUCGUCGGCCUGACCCAAAACUUGGAAACCCCUCUCACAGGCAUCGCUUCCAUUCCUACAACCUACACCUGGACACGCUCCAACACAACCGCCUUCAAAGGAAAUGUCUGCUACGAUUUCAUGACCAACGAUGUUAAAGGUGAUUCUACAUCGUCCUCCUCUCAGGAACUUAUGCUCUGGCUCCAGUACGAAGGUGGUCAAUUGCCUAUUGGAUGGGCUGAUGGAAGCGUAGCUACCAUUGACAAUCUGUUUGGUACAAGCUGGGAUUUGUACCAGGGUCUUAAUACCGAUUCGGGUAUUACGGUUAGCAGUAUGUUGCCAAGGACACAGUUUGAGGGAACCUUUGAGGGUGAUUUGAGAGAGUGGUUGGUUGCGCUUGUGGGACAAGGUGUCUUUACUGAGAGUACUUAUGUUAAUGUUGGAAAUGCUGGUACUGAAUUCUUCUACGGAAACGCAAUCAUGAAUGCGACCCUCGGUCUACAAAUCGAUCUCGGUACAGCCACUUCUGCGGCAGUCAAAGUAGCAGCUGUUUCUUCGGUGUCUUCAAGUGCAAGCCAAAUCGCUUCCACUUCAUCCAUCGUAGAAGUUCCAAGCUCAUCAGUCGCUGCUGCUACCCCUUCUGUCACUCAAUCAUCGACAGAAGCACCAACUAGCACCGCUUUCGUUGCCAGUGUAUCCGCAUCAGCAAAAUCAAGCACAAAAUCUCACCAUGUAGCUACUCCUUCAGCGCCAGUUGUUAAGGAAUCUACCAUCGCUUCUGGAGCAAAAUCAACUGGUAUGGCUGCUAGCUCGGCUGCUGGUAUCGAAACUUCUGUUUCAAGUGCUGCUAUUGCUGCUCCAACUUCAACUGGUGAAGGAGACGAUGAUUGUGAGGUCUAAACGUGUACAUAGUUUAGACAGUUUGACUGGACUGAGCAAGUGAAACAGAAAGGAAGAAUUAAAAAGAAAAAGAUGGAAAGGCAGGAGGAGAGGAAGUUAUUUCCUGUACAUACUAUACUAUACGAUACAGAUGUUUUAGACGGCGGUGUUGGCCAGCACUUUUGUUUUUGCAAGAGAAUAUGCGUCUCAUUUUGUAUAUUGAGCUUUACACAUGAGUUGUCUAAGAACUAUUAUAGAUCUUAAAUUGCACCUA